CCCGCGGGACGAUCCGGCGCAGAUGCCUCGAUGACAAAUCGUACAACUGUUGAUUCAAGUCUCGGAUUGCGUGUCCUGUCGCGUUCCCCUUCAAGUGUUUUAUUGUGCUUGUUCUCGUCGGUUGACUGUCUCGGAAGUCGACAUCCCCUGCUUCGUCUCUCACCAUGACCGCCGACUUCAACGGGCCCUCCGGCGCAAUGCCAGCGACUCCUGGCUCCAGCGCCGGGCUUCCCCCGGGAAUGGUCAUGGGGAAAGAUGGCAAGCCUUGCCGCACCUGCUCCUCCGGCUCCGCCUUCAAGGCCUUCGCCAAGUCCUCCAUAGGGAGUAAAUCCUCCUCCAGCAACACCACAACAGCAGCCGCCGCCGGCGCAGCAGCCGUCACAACCGGAGCCGCCGCCACCUUCUCCAUCCCGCGCGACUGCCCGCCCGAUGUCGAGGCCCUCGGCCGCUCGACCUGGACACUCCUCCACUCGAUCGCCGCGACUUAUCCCACACAGCCGUCGGUGCGGGAACAGUCGGACCUGAAGUCGUUCAUGUCCAUAUUCUCGCGUCUUUACCCCUGCUGGGUCUGUGCGGAGGACUUCCAGAGUUAUAUAGCCAAGGAACAGAUACGGGUCGAUAGUCGGAACGAGUUCGGGACGUGGCUGUGCGAGGCGCACAAUGCGGUAAAUGUCAAGCUGGGCAAGGAGAAGUUCGACUGCAGCAAGUGGGAAGAGAGGUGGAGAACGGGGUGGAAGGAUGGGAGAUGUGACUGAAGCACUUGGGAGAGAAGAAAGAACAAGAGCGUCAUCGCCAACGCAUGCCUGUCAAGACAGAGAUGAGGUAAAGCGGAUGGCAUGACUAUGCGUAUAAUGACACGGUGCAUGGUGGCUCAGACAGACAGGCAACAUUGCAUCCAAUGGCGUUCAGGGAGACUUAAUAGUGUAUCACCACUCAUAGAUUUUUUGGAGAGAUUUGUAUACCACAGUACAACAGCAAAG